AUGACAGAGUAUGGAAUUCCCAUUACUAAAGAAAAUCUCAAGAAAUUCAAACGGAAAAGAAGCAAUAAGAGAAUAUCCUGCUUCAUAUGUCGUGAGAAAGGUCAUUCUGCAAGUAAAUGUCCAAGCAAAGGAUCAAACAUUAAUGCAUCUACAUGCAAUGAUGAUCAAUCUUCAGACAACUUAUCUAGGUUAAAUGAGAGAAAUUUGAGAAUUAGUUCUCAAAAAAUGAAGGGAAAAGAUAUGAUGAAUGAACAACACAAGAUAUCAACUGGAAAUCUUGUUGGUUCUUCUAAAAAAUUCUCUGUUCAUCCCUUAUCUACUCAAAAAUCAGAGGUGGUUGUCAAGAAGUCGGUUUCUCCAAAUUUUGCUUCUUCAAGUAACAGAUCUGAGAAGACUAAAAGUAGACAUCCUUCAAACUCACAUGGAGUUAAAUCUCCUGGCAAGUCUACAGAGUAUCAUAGUACAUAUUAUGAUCAGUUUGCUGGAAGAAACAAAAACGAUUUUAGAUCAACUCCCUAG